AGCGCUGUCCUCGCCUCCCACGGUCCCCACGGUCCUCACGGUUCCCGCCGCAGCCGCAGCCGCAGCCGCAGCCGGCGACGCAGGCCCGGGCAGGGCGCCGACCCGGGAGCAUGAUUGUGGACCGGCUGCUGGACGACAGCCGCGGCGGAGCGGGGCUGCUGGACGCGGCGGGCGACUGCGGCCUCAUGACCAGCCCGCUCCACCUCUCCUACUUCUACGGCGCUUCGCCGCCCGCCGCCGCCGCCCCGGGCUCGCCCGGCUCCGACUCCUCCGACUUCUCCUCCGCGUCCUCCGGCGGGGCCGUGGAGUCCCGGCCCCGAGGCGGCGCCCGCGCCGAGCGCCCCCAAGUUGAACCCCAUAUGGGGGUUGGCAGGCAACAGAGAGGACCCUUCCAAGGUGUUCGUGUGAAGAACUCAGUGAAAGAACUCCUGCUGCACAUCCGAAGCCAUAAACAGAAGGUUUCUGGCCAAACUGUGGAUGAUUUUAAGACACAAAGUGUGAACCCUGAACAGUUCACAGAACUGAAGAACACAGUGUCAUAUACUGGGAAAAGGAAAGGAUUUGAUUUUCCGUCUGAUGGACCAGCUUGCAAAAGACCAGCCCCAUUACAUACCCAGUUUUUGACACCACCUCAAACACCAACACCUGGCGAGAGCAUGGAAGAUGUUCAUCACAGUGAUUCUAAACCAGACAGCAGUGGUGAUCUGCUUCAGAAUAUUAUAAACAUUAAGAAUGAAUGUAGCUCAGUUUCCCUGAAUACGGUCCAGGUUAGCUGGAUGAGCUCUGUGGUGCCUCAGGGCUCCCCUCGAGAGCAGUGUCAAGACUUCCCUGGAGCACAGGUCUUUUCUUCAUCUCACAAGUAUCAAGCGUUCCAGUUCAGCGGCUCUCCACAAGUGAUGGACCACACUUCCACGUACCAGUAUUCUCCACAGAGCCAGAGCAUAGAGCAGCAGCAGCAGCAGCAGUACAUGCACAACCCAUCUCUGGAAUACAGUCCUUAUUUUAGAACUUCCCAGUCCCCCAACUAUGAGCCUAAUCGCUUUGCUAGUCAGGAACCUCAGUUCUGCCCAAACCAGAGUUUCACAUCUCUCCUCAGUGGUCAUGGGGAAUCGGAGAACAUUGCUGCUCCUGCUCACUCCUCCUCCGUUGUGCAGCAACAGCACGAUGCUCACCUGCAGAACUUCAGCUUGAUGCCAGACAGUGCCUGUGAGACCAUGGGGGGACCCAGCACGGGCUCCACCUCUGUAAAUACAGCACUGCCUUUCCCGAACGUCAUCCAAAAUCCAGUGAGCACCACUCAGUUAGGAAAGUCAUUUUUUCAGUGGCAAGUAGAACAAGAAGAAAGCAAGCUGGCAAAUAUUUCCCAAGACCAGUUUCUUUCAAAGGAUGCAGAUGGUGACACGUUUCUCCAUAUUGCUGUUGCCCAAGGCAGAAGAGCGCUUUCCUAUGUUCUUGCAAGAAAGAUGAAUGCACUUCACAUGCUGGAUAUUAAAGAGCACAAUGGGCAGAGUGCCUUUCAGGUGGCAGUGGCUGCCAAUCAGCAUCUGAUCGUACAGGAUCUGGUGAACCUUGGGGCCCAAGUGAACACCACAGACUACUGGGGACGGACACCCCUGCAUGUCUGUGCUGAGAAGGGCCACUCCCAGGUGCUUCAGGCGAUUCAGAAGGGAGCAGUGAGGAGCAAUCAACUUGUGGAUCUUGAGGCAACUAACUAUGAUGGCUUGACACCCCUGCACUGCGCAGUAAUGGCCCACAAUGCUGUGGUACACGAACUGCAGAGAAACCAACAGCCUCAUUCACCUGAAGUUCAGGAGCUUCUACUGAAGAAUAAAAGUCUGGUGGACACCAUCAAGUGUCUGAUUCAAAUGGGCGCAUCAGUUGAAGCAAAGGAUCGAAAAAGUGGCCGCACAGCCUUGCAUUUGGCAGCUGAAGAAGCAAAUCUGGAGCUCAUCCGCCUUUUUCUGGAGUUGCCCAGUUGCCUGUCUUUUGUGAAUGCAAAGGCUUACAAUGGAAACACUGCCCUCCAUGUUGCUGCCAGCCUGCAAUACCGGGUUACACAGCUGGAUGCCGUCCGCCUGUUGAUGAGGAAGGGCGCAGACCCAAGCACCCGGAACUUGGAGAAUGAGCAGCCUGUGCAUUUGGUUCCCGAUGGCCCUGUGGGAGAGCAGAUCCGACGCAUCCUGAAGGGAAAGUCCAUUCAGCAGAGAACAGCACCAUAUUAGCUCCAGUGGUUUGGAGCCUGGUCGGCAACACUCACUGUCAGUUAGGCAGUCCUCAUGUAUCUGUACAUAGACCAUUUGCCUUGUACUGGCAAAUGUAAGUUGUUUCCAUGAAACAAACAUAUUUAGUUCACUAUUAUAUAGUGGGUUACAUUAAAAGAAAAGAAAGAAGGUGUCUGAUUUCUUUUGACAGAUUUGCAUGUUUCAUACCCAGGUAUUUGGGACCUAGGCAGUUAAAUUUAAUGCUAGGUAAAAUCCUUAAAUUACAGUAGUGUUUGGGUAGGAAAAGACUGAUUCCUGGCCUAAGACACUGCUCGUGGAGCUGUUGCCAGUUGCAAAGCAGAAUUGUGAAUGUUUCUGAAAGCAUUUGAAAGGGAACAAAACUACUUUGGAUAUAGGAUUUAGGCUUCUUUUGGCUUGAUACAGUACCCAGCAGUUACUGGCAUUGACAAAAUUUGUAGUUAUUGAACUGGAUGAGAGGCGUCUAUGGUUAGGAUUUGACCUUCACAAACUGUAUAGAUUGCUAUUUUUGUUUUUAAAAAUAUUGUACAUAUUUGGUUAGUGACAAGGACAUUUGAAAUAUGUAAAGCAAUUAAUAUAAAAGAACGAGUGAGUUGUUACAACUUUUUAAAACUAAUACAUUUAAAGGAGCUAUUAUGUAAUCACUCAACUAAGGCAAGUGGGGAGCGGGAACUACCAGUGCAUUUGAAUGUAAAUAUGCUGCUUUUCAUGAAUUGAAAUGAGACAUGUUACUUGUAGAUUAUUUUAUGCUUUUAUAGAGAAACCUCUUAUGACUUAACUUACCUUCUAGAAAUUGUAAGUUCUUUUGAAAUUUUGUUUAUCUUUAUAUUGAAGCCGAUCUUCCUAUUUGCUGUUGUUAAUGAUAAUAUCUCAUUCUGUUUAUGUUAUUUAAAAAUGUUUUAUUUUUAAAAGGCUAAUUCUAUUAACUUUAUUUGCUUACCUUGUUGGUAUGCUCAAGGAUUGUAUUUGGCUUUGAUUACACACUAAUUGUUUGUGAUAAAUGAUUAAUUAAAAAUCUUUUUAAAAAUGACAGUCUUGUGACUUACUACCUUUGUACCUAAGUACUUUUAAAAACGAUAAAAAGAGAUACCCUUUGGAUUAAUCUCAUUGUUCAACACAACGCAGUAUGUCUUGUGGACAGGAGUUUGAUAUAGUCAUUUGGUAUGUAGAGAUAUGAAAGAUACAGACCAGUCACAGUGAAGAAGGCAUGGUUAGUUUUACAUAAACAUUAGCACACUAAUUUGCCUUAAGGGUAGGCAUUUUUUAUGUGCCGUAUUUUUUUUUUUUCUAUAGGAAAAUUACUGCUAAUGGCAAAUAUAAAUACUUUAAAAUUACUUAAUAUGUUUUGUUUUUUUUUUUUGUCAUUAUAUGUAUACCAUGCACAAUGAAUAGAUUUAUCCUGGGGAGUUUGUACUUAAUAUAUUUUAAUUUUUUUUUGAGAAUAUGCUUUCAGAAGGUAUAUAAAAUUUAACUUCAAAACUACUUGCUGAGUCAUUAGAGAUUUGCUAAGUUCAGAAAAUAGGAAAUUUAAUGUAUACUAUUGACCAGUAUAUCUACUAAAAACCUGUUAAGUGGGAGUAGUGACCACCAGAAAAACAAUUUGGAGAUUACCAGUAUUGUCCUGCAAGAUAAAAUCUGGAAGCAGUGGUAAAUGGGGUUCUUGGCUAUGCAUACCAUUUUGACCCGUAUGAACAAACGUCCAUAUUUUAGCAUCAAUCAUCAUACUUACUACACAGAGAGCCUAGUUAGUAACUUAAAACUGCUGUUGAGAAUCUGAUGGAAGUAAUGAAUUGUUUCUUUAGAAAACAUCCACGUGGUACUCUGGUUCACAGUGUUCUUUCCAUGAUUCUCGUUGUAAACUGAACUGGACAAGAACUGAAGUCCAUGUUUCCCAUAAGGUCAACAUUGACCCUACUCAUGAAUUUGAUUGGGUUUUCUUCUAACAUGGUUUUCAACCAGAACCUUGAGGAGAGUCACGUUUGCAUGCCAAAGCAUUGCUGUGUAAGCAUAUACUAUACUUUUCAUCAUACAAGGCAUGAUAAAAUUAGAUUUUUUUUUUUUUUUUAAUUAUUUAGUACAGGGUGUGCAGGGUCUCACUACACAG